AUGAUUAAGCACCCAACCGACUAUCAACUGCCGGGCGGCUGGAACGGUGCCGCCAUGAAUCCCUUGGCCACCCAACGUCAAUUCUCCCUUGUAGCUUCCUCGCCGUUAGGUAUAUUCAUGCCCCUGAUCCUCGACGCUCCAGCCACAUUGACUAAUGCAACUUGUGAUCUUGCCAAACCGGCCUGCUCAAGGUGCACGCGGCUGCGCAUUCCCUGCGUCGGCUGCGGAGAGAAGCGAUACAAGUUCAAGCAUGCACAUGCAGCGGCACCACCAUCAGCGGUUACACCAACAGCAGCCGUCCCGGCGCCGACGCCCCCAAAACCGGCUUCCGGUUCAGGCGGUCCCAACCCACCCGCAGCCGCCUCUUCGGCCAAUGCGGAGCCGCCCAGGAGGGGUCUCAUCACCCUUCGAAGGCCCCCGAGCAACGGUCUCACACGCGGAACAGCAGCGUACAUUGCCGUGCUGGGUGUGUCGGACCUGCGAUACGACCUUGCCGGGUGUGGCGGUUUUCUCAAGGAUCUUCCUCGGCGACUUGGCCGCAACAAGGCUCUGGACGCCUCCAUCGGCGCGCUCACCGCGCUAUUCCCCAGCCUGUACCGGGCAGAGACGUCGAGGGGCAUGCUGUCGGCCUACGUCUAUGCGCUGGAGUGCCUGAGGUAUACCCUGGCCGACCGUGCCACCGCGCAGACGCCCGAGACGCUCUGUGCUAUUUACAUCAUCACCAUCUGCCAGGCAAGUAGAGGCUGGAUAGGGGGCACCGAUGACCCCCCGGUGGCCCAUUCCGAGGCGGUCAUGCAUAUCCUCAACUGCAUAGCCGUAAACGGUUGGCGCGGGCGCUUUGAGAACCAACUGUUCCUCACGCUUGCCGUUUCCGUGGUAAGCAGACACACACGCUCCCCCAUCUCCCACCUGCUUCCCCCCUUCCACCCCCAAGCUCUGUGCCUAGGGAGUAGAACAACACCACCCAACACUAACCCCCCAAGCCCAACCCCAGAUCCCGAAAGCAUCUACAACCCCAACAUCCAACUCGGCCCCUGGUUCCGGCGCGUCAUGGACAACUUCACCCCGCACGGCACCACGUCCUCCAAGAACGGCGGCCCCGGCCCAGCCACCAGCAUCACGACGCUGGUCCGCCUCGUCGAGUUCGUGCGCGACCCCCACGGCGACGGCGGCGACAUCGCCGAUAUCGUGCUCGGGUACGAUGUCAUGCUGCGCGAGACGGCGCAGGCGCGCGCCAAUCUGGAGGGGAUGUUUGGGGUGAUGUCCGCGUCGCGGUCGGGGACGGGGACUGGGACCGGGACCGGGUCCGACGCCUCGAGUGAGGGGCUGUCGGUGCCGUCGAGCCCGGGAAGUGGUGGUGGUGGUGGACCAGACAGGGAGCGGAUCCAGCUGCUCUGCCAGGCGCAGUACGCGGUGCUGCUGGCGGCGACGAUGCUGGUGAACAGUUUGCUGGGGGCGAUGCUGGCGGACAGUGGGGAGCUGGUGGGCCAGGUGGCGGCGUAUCCGGACGAGCUGGUGGCGCUGAACGCGCAGACGGCCAAGUACCGGCCGGUGGGGGCCGGGUUCAUGCCGACCUGUUUGCUGAUGGCGUCCGCGGCGACGACGGACCCCGCGCAGUUGGGCAAGCUGAAUGCGGCGUUGGCCGAGUUUGGGCCGUAUCCCGGGCAUGGGAAGUGGGAGUACUGGGCGGCGGAGAUGAGGGGGUUGUUCCAGGGGCUGCGGUAUAAGAUGUCGUUGAUAUAUCGCGAGACAGUGUUACCGUAG